GAUUCUCUCUGUUGGUAAGUUACAUUAAGCAACCAUUGUUGCAGAUCAUAAUAGCUACCAUAGAAACGUUAUGCAUCCUUUGUGGCUAGCUAGUAACACAUUCAUCAUUCGCUGACUGCUGAAUAUUAGUAAACAAAACAUGAAUUAUGAAUACACGGCUGAUGUGAUAAACCGUCACAUUUGGGAAUUGCUAGCGCUACUCAUCGGACGUCCUCAGAGCAAUAAACCUGUUUGAUCUAUUUUCUUAGCAUUUUUGUCACCUUCAACAAUAAAUCUUCAAACAUGCGUGAAUGUAUCUCUAUCCAUGUCGGUCAAGCCGGAGUCCAGAUCGGUAAUGCCUGCUGGGAGUUGUACUGCCUUGAGCACGGCAUCCAGCCUGAUGGUCAGAUGCCAUCAGACAAGACCAUCGGAGGUGGUGAUGACUCCUUCAACACCUUCUUCAGUGAGACUGGGGCUGGAAAACACGUUCCUCGGGCCGUAUUUGUCGAUCUCGAACCAACUGUUGUCGAUGAGGUACGCACCGGCACCUAUCGCCAGCUUUUCCACCCAGAGCAACUGAUCACCGGAAAAGAAGAUGCUGCCAACAACUAUGCCCGUGGGCAUUACACCGUCGGAAAGGAGCUUAUUGAUAUCGUCCUUGAUAGGACCAGGAAGCUGGCUGACCAGUGCACUGGUCUUCAAGGAUUCCUUAUCUUCCAUAGCUUCGGUGGUGGCACCGGCUCUGGCUUUACCUCCCUGCUAAUGGAGCGUCUCUCCGUUGACUACGGAAAGAAGUCCAAGCUUGAGUUCGCCGUCUACCCAGCUCCCCAGAUCUCUACUGCCGUUGUCGAGCCCUACAACUCCAUCCUUACCACACACACGACCUUGGAACAUUCCGACUGUGCCUUCAUGGUCGACAACGAGGCCAUUUACGAUAUCUGCCGUCGUAACCUCGACAUCGAGCGUCCCACCUACACCAACCUGAACCGCCUCAUCGGUCAGAUCGUCUCCUCCAUCACUGCUUCUCUUCGAUUCGAUGGCGCCCUCAACGUCGAUCUAACAGAGUUUCAAACUAACUUGGUACCCUAUCCUCGUAUCCAUUUUCCACUGGCUACCUAUGCUCCAGUUAUUUCUGCCGAGAAGGCAUACCACGAGCAGCUCUCUGUUGCUGAGAUCACCAACGCUUGCUUCGAGCCCGCCAACCAGAUGGUGAAGUGCGAUCCUCGUCAUGGUAAAUACAUGUCAUGUUGCAUGCUGUACCGAGGUGAUGUCGUCCCAAAGGAUGUCAAUGCUUCCAUUGCAACCAUCAAGACCAAGCGUACAAUCCAGUUCGUUGACUGGUGUCCAACUGGCUUCAAGGUCGGUAUCAACUACCAACCACCCACUGUCGUUCCCGGUGGUGACCUUGCCAAGGUCCAACGUGCUGUCUGCAUGUUGAGCAACACAACAGCAAUCGCCGAAGCCUGGGCCCGUCUUGACCACAAGUUCGAUCUGAUGUACGCCAAGCGUGCUUUCGUCCAUUGGUACGUCGGAGAGGGUAUGGAGGAAGGAGAGUUCUCCGAGGCCCGUGAAGAUUUAGCUGCUCUUGAGAAAGAUUAUGAAGAGGUUGGAGUUGAUUCCGUCGAUGCAGAGGGCGAGCAAGAGGAAGGGGAUGAGUACUAGAUAGCUAGAGAUCUCAUCAUCUAUUCUUAGUUUGAUUAAUAUUUUUGUUUUUUUUAACACAACAUCGUUAAAACCUGUUUCUUCAUUUAGUACAACUCCAAUUUGCGGCUCACGUUUGUUUACAGACCUCGUUACAAAGAAAAGUACUCCGACUUGGUAAUUUUUCGUGUUUAUGAUGAAAUUUAAUUACAUUACAGAUACUUUGUUACAGAAUUGUUUGCAAACUCAAUAAUCAAAAUCAAUAUUUCUUAUGUCAGUGAUUCAGUAAAGCAGUGGCCUUCCCUAUCGCUUUACAAACAAUUAAAUGUGAGCCCAAAUUUAUCCCCCCCCCCCUCAAAAAAGAAAAAAAGUCAGUAAAGUAUAUUGCGUAAGUAAGUUUAAAAAAUAUGAGAAGGGUUAAGUUGAAUAAGAUCCAGAAGGGCUGAAUAAAAGAAUUUAUAUGAAUUUUCCAGGUAUCAAAUGCAAUAAAAUAAUUUUAUUUCAACCUGAUCACAUGAUUUGCAAGUUCAAUUACCUUUUUAAUGUAAAGAGUGGGAUGGAGAUAAAAAGAUAAAUAUACAUGUGCAGAGAGGGAGAGAGAGCGAGUGAGAUAGAGACAGAGGUGGGGGGAGCCUCGAUAUGUGUGUCUGAAAUGAAUGCUAAAUAAUGUGUAAUUUUAUCCGUGUGCUCGGGAAUGAAAGAGGACAGAGAGAGCGUGAAAAUAGAAGUGAAGAUGUGUGUGUAUGACAGUGUGUGUGGUGUGGGGUGUACGUCGGUGGUUAAUUAUUAAGAGACGGGGGAGAUUGACUGAUUUUAACUUAAGUUAAACAAUGAAAUUCCAGCAUAAUUCGAAAGAGUGUGAAGAUUUCAUGGUUUGAUAGGAUGAGAAAGUGGGUGGGAAGAUGUGGGAGAGGAAGUUAUAUAGUUUGGGGGUGUGUGUUGUUGUGGAUGCAGAUUGAUGUUAAGGUGUGUAAGGGUGGGACGUGUGUAGGGCGAAGAGACAGUGUGCGAGAGAGCGUGUUUGCUUUUGUGGCUGGCGUGGGUGGGUAGGGUGUGUGUGUGUGUGUGUGUUAAUGACUGUCACAUAUGUCAGUUGGAUAAUGCUUAUGUGUGAGUGUGUGUUGGAUCUAAUUUUUGGCGGAAAAUGGAACUAGUUAUGUAACAAUGAAUUUAAUAGAUGUGAGUUACGUACAAAGGAACUGAUUCAAACGGAAGAAAAUGCACUGUAAAAAAUGAAGUGCUGAUUUCCUAGUUCAAAUUUAAACUAGAAUAUCAGCACUAGUAGUGCGCACUAGUAGUGCAGUCAUUAUACAAGCACUGUAAGUGCUAAAUUAGCACAUCACGUUUUACAGUGUGGGAAAAAGCCAGGGUGACUUUUUGUAAAUAAUAAUUGUCCACACUGUCCAAUUCAUGAUCAGUAAACGAAUAUAAAAAAGAGAACAUAUCAUGGGAUACUAGAUUUAUGAAGGGAACUGGCUUAUAGACUGCGGCGCUUGUGUACCCCCCCCCCCCCCCAAAGGAAAAAAAAAAGAAAACCGAGAAAAAAGGGGGGAUAUAAGGUAAAAAAUUAAACAUGAAACAAAAUGACAAAAUACGCUACAAAAUUAGACUUUCAUUUAAAAAAAAAUUAAGCUUUUUGCUCGCUUGAUACUUGCAAUAUAAUUUUUGUACGCCAAUGUUGUGGAGUAUACUUUUUAAAAUGUAGAUUUAAUUAAAUGGUGCAAUCAACCUUUCAACGAAGAAGAGGACAUACUUAAAAAAUAAUAAGGAAACACUUAUAUACAUGUAUGCUAUUAUGUGGUUAAAACUUAAACAACGAAAGCCUGUUUUGGAAGCAUGAACAAAUUGUGAAAUUAGAAUAACUCCUCUCGAUCAAAAGCAUGUAACAUUGACGGUAGUCCUGAUAUCUAAUUGUCAAUAUUCAUGACCAGGCGAUGUCCACGAGUACAGUGAAAAGGGUUCCAACUUUC